UUCUGGCGCGUGCAGCAGGCCUGCAAUCCCACAGAGACGUUGCGUGCGGGCCCUCUCAGUGUGCAUUGAGCUAGCGUGCACCGUGCUUCAUGCGUUCUCACCUGUGCCUCGCUCCUGCGUGCGGAGUGCGUGCACGUCAUGCCGCUGCCGCUGUUCACGCCCACACCUCGAGGACAAGAGACGCGGACAAGGCGUGCCCGAUGUGGCAGCGCGCGCGCGGCUGUCCUUGUUCGCGCUUGCGCCGCGCCUUGUCCUCGUGCGACAACAAGACCACCUCGGGUGUGGGCAUGACAGCUGCGCACACCCGCCGGAGCCGAAGUGCGCACAUGCUCUCCUUGUUUCACUCAUCAAGUGCCUGCUGCUGUCGAGAUCCGUUCCCUUGCCUCGCGAGCCGCCGGCGCCAGCCUACGGCCUGCUGCGGGCUGCAGGACGGACGGCACGCGGCGUUCAUUCGCGUGCGGCGCUGCCGUGCCAAGGGGCCGCCGCACGACCAGCCGCUUGUUUGCCCCGGCCUCUGUCUGCCUUCUCCGCUCUUUCAGCAGGCCGACGAUGGCCUGCCGUCGUCGUCCAUCAUGGCACAUUGCGCUAGCGUCGUGCCUUCAAGUGAUGCCCCGCUACCACAUCUGGACUCAGAUAGGAGCUAGGCCGCCCGAGCCCGCGUCCGCGCGCGCUCGCCGGAGCACACCUGAGCACGCCGUGCGACGUAGCCCUGCGCACGUCUGCGUGUGACUUGCCUCCCUCCACCCAUCACCCUCUACGAUGCAGCUGCAAGUCUCUCUGUCCGACUGGGCGCCGCACUCGACGCUAGGCUACAUCUUGUACGGCAGCCUGGCGCUCUGGCUGCUAGUCGUGGGACUCGUGGCAUGGCAGUUGCUGCACUACCGCACGCUGCUGAAGGAGGUGCUGGGCCCGCCUCGCUC